AUGCGCGUGGACUUCAACGUGCCGCUCAAAGACGGGAAAGUUGCUGACGCAACUCGAAUUGCUGCAACAAUUCCGACAAUAAAGUUCGCGCUGCAGCACGGGGCGCGGGCGGUGCUGCUGCUGUCGCACUGCGGGCGGCCGGACGGGCGGGUGCAGCAGCAGUACAGCCUGAGGCCGGUGGUGCCGGUGCUGCAGCAGCUGCUGCAGCAGCAGCAGGUCAGCAGCAAGGUGUCUUUCGUCGAGGACUGCGUGGGGCCCCAGGCCGAAGCAGCAGCAGCAAAUGCGCAAAAUGGAGAAGUGCUGCUGCUCGAAAACCUCCGCUUUCACCUCGAAGAAGAAGGGAAGGGAGAAGACGCAAAUGGAAAUAAAGUCAAAGCAGACUCCAAACAAGUCGAGGCCUUCCGCAACAGCCUCACCAAACUCGGCGACAUUUUCGUGAACGACGCGUUCGGCACUGCGCACCGCGCGCACGCGUCGAUGGUGGGGGUGAACUUGCCGGUGAAAGCUGCGGGACUUUUGAUGAAAAAAGAGUUGGAUUACUUUUCAAAAGCUCUGGAAAACCCGCAAAAGCCAUUUCUGGCCAUUCUGGGCGGCGCCAAGGUCAAGGACAAGAUCCAGCUCAUCAAGAACCUCCUCAGCAAAGUGGAUCUGAUGAUAAUCGGCGGCGGAAUGGCGUUUACUUUCAAGAAAGUUCUGGAGAACAUGAAGAUCGGGAACUCCUUGUUCGACGAAGACGGGGCCAAGAUCGUGGCCGAAAUCAUGCAGGAGGCGAAGGCCAAAAACGUCGAAGUCCUUUUGCCCGUCGACUUCGUCUGCGGCGACAAAUUUGCUGCUGAUGCCAACACGCAAAUCUGCGAAGACAAAGCGGGAGUGCCUGACGGCUGGAUGGGGCUCGAUGUGGGGCCCAAGACCGUGGAACUCGCCAAGGCUAUGAUAAGCCGGGCGAAGACGAUCGUGUGGAACGGCCCGCCGGGCGUUUUCGAAAUGCCCGCGUUUGCAAAGGGCUCCACAGCCUUUGCCGAGGCUGUUGCUGCAGCAACAGCAGCAGGAGCAACUUCAAUAGUGGGGGGAGGCGACACAGCCUCUUUGGUGGAGAAGUGCGGCAUGGCUCCCAAGAUGAGCCACGUUUCCACGGGAGGGGGGGCCUCUCUGGAGCUCCUGGAGGGCAAGGAGCUCCCCGGAGUGGCUGCUCUGUCUUCAAAGUAA